CAAAUCCCUGCCAACCGGCCAACAACCAACAACCAACACAGUGCAGCAGGAUGGGGGACGAUGCUGGUGGCAGCAAGCCUGAGGAGGUCGACAUCAGGCGAAACUUCAACUACGCACUCGUCGUGAAAACAGACAUGAACGAGGAGAUGUUGGCAGAAUGCACGGAAUCCGCACAAACCGCGAUUGAAAAGCACUCCAAAAGCAACGAGGAUGCGGCAAAUAUGCUCAAGGGCAUUAUGGACAAGAAAUUUGGCGCCCCAUGGAACGUGAUCAUCGGCGAGGCAUUUGGCUUCGAGAUCACCCACCAAACAUCAAACAUGAUGUACAUGUUCUUUGGUGGAAACCUGGCUGUCCUGGUCUGGAAGUGCCAGUAGUCAUAGCUCGAGCAUUGAUGCUUUGGUUAUGUUUGUACGUGGAUGUGUGUACGUGAGAGUGAAUGUGUUGUUUAUGUGUGAGAGUGAAUGUGUUGUUUAUGUGUGAGAGUGAAUGUGCUUUUUUUGUCGCUGCUGUUGCUGUUGCUGUUGUGCAUGAUGGCGUGUAAUGGGACACAGCCCCUGCGCUGUUGCUUCUUGUCGCCGCUCUCGAACCGUGUUGUGUGUCGGUUGCUCAAGUCACAUCGCAUCACACCGUCAUGUCACAGGUGGUGCGUGCUUCUUUGACCUUUCUUUGUCGUUGCUUGGCUCUCGUUAUCCAAGGGCGUUGUACGCCCGGCUGCUUGCUGUGACCCCCCCCCCCCCACCCCACCCCACUGCUUAUCUCUGUCUUUCUGUUCUGUGCUGUUUGUUGUGCAAGUUGCUGUUCGUUUUUCCUGUGCACUACGAGC